CCGGCUCCCCUCGGCUCCGCCCCGCCCCGCCCCCGCGGUCCCGGCCGCCGCGUCGCCUGCGGGGUGGUUGUGGGGCUCCGGGAGGGCAGAGCUAGCCUCGUCCGCGAGGAGAUGGUCGGGCUCUCGGUGCCCGCCGAGGUCACCGCGAUCCUGCUGGAUAUCGAAGGGACCACGACGCCGAUUGCUUUCGUGAAGGACAUUUUAUUUCCUUACAUCAAAGAAAAUGUGCAGGAAUACCUGCAGACACACUGGGAAGAGGAGGAGUGUCGGCAGGACGUGAGCCUUCUGAGGAAGCAGGCUGAGGAAGAUGCCCACCUGGACGGUGCUGUUCCGAUCCCCACGGCAUUUGGGGAUGGGGUGGAUGACCUCCAGCAGACGAUCCAGGCUGUGGUAGAGAAUGUGCGCUGGCAGAUGUCUCUGGACCGGAAGACCACAGCACUCAAACAGCUGCAGGGCCACAUGUGGAGGGCAGCGUUCACAGCUGGACACGUGAAAGGAGAGUUCUUCGCAGAUGUAGUGCCUGCAGUCAGGAAGUGGAAAGCAGCUGGAAUGAAGGUGUAUGUCUAUUCCUCAGGGAGCAUCGAGGCCCAGAAACUUUUAUUUGGGCAUUCUACAGAGGGAGAUAUUCUUGAGCUUUUUGAUGGUCACUUUGACACCAAGAUUGGACACAAAGUGGAGAGUGAGAGCUACCGAAAGAUUGCAGAUAGCAUUGGGUGCUCAACGAAAAACAUCUUGUUUCUGACAGAUAUUACUUUAGAGGCCAGUGCUGCGGAGGAAGCGGAUGUGCAUGUAGCGGUGGUGGUGAGGCCCGGCAACGCAGGGCUGACAGACGAUGAGAAAACGAACUACCAGCUCAUCAGCUCCUUCAGUGAGCUCCGCCUGCCCUCUGCCACGUAGACAGGGUUUCUGAGGACCCUCAGCUGCCUUUAUUCUAAUGUAAAGAUGUACCUGUGUGUGCGCUCUAGUUAAUUUCCAUGGGCACAUAGUGAAGAAAAAGUUUUCAGUUCAUUGAAAAUGAAACUUAUUUAAAGAUGCUUUAUAUGAAGACCUUGCUUGAGACCGUAUGUAUCCCUUACUGAAAGCAAAACACAGUUGAUAGAAGAAACUGCCAAGCUACAGAUGACACGUUAGUGUUACUGCAUCAUUACCACAAAAAGAAAGCCAGUUUUGAGAUAUUCAGAAGUCUUUUUUUAAAAACUGCAAAUAAUGUCAGAGAAAUUCCCAAUAAUAAUUCAUUCUUCCUGUGUAUGUGAGUUACAAGAUGAUAAUAGCUGCCUCCCUGUGUACAAAUGGAAAAGCUGACCUGUUUCCCUUCAAGUGGAGCUUUGAUCAGGCAAGUGCUCCUUAUGUAAGAAGAGAUUUGCUGCCUCGUGGUUCCCGCAGCAAACAUUUGUCUUCUCAGUGAAAAUGCACACUGAUGACGCUGAACGUUUAACGGGACAGUCCUGAUCCUGCUGGUUGUUAUCCCAGAUUUUCUAGUUGCCUUCCCACUAUCUUAGCACAGUUUGAAAAUAUAUGUUAAUUGCUAUUUACUAUUUUUUAAAACUUGAUUGAAAUUGGCCCAUAACAAAAAAAGUGCUAGUACAUAAUAUUUUCCUCUGAAAUAGAUGUGAGAAAUGUAAUUUUAUAACAGCAUUAGUUGUCUUGGUUCAGUUCUAAAA